GCGGAGUUUGGGGGAUCUCCUUAAAUGCCUCCUGAUCAGCUUUGGGUUCAGUAGUGACAGCCUUAGAGUAGUUGUGAGUAGUGGAUCUUAGAGAGUCAGUCAGUAGGUCAGUGUGUCCGGGUAGGUCUAAGUGGUGAGGAGUGGGACUUCUAUCGUGCACCCAACACCACAAUGGAUGACCAUCCGAUGUAUGGGUUGCUUGUGGGGUUCUCCCUCUGGGGGAUCCUCUGGCGUCUCCUCUUUCCUCUGGGCUUCUGGCCCACUUUCACGUGUAGAGUAGGGCCCACUCGUGGUGGUACUUCCACCCAGCCAUACACGAAGGAGGAGGAGGAGAAGAUGACCGCCAUCCUGCAGGAGAGAAAGGAAAAGAAAGAGGCCAAGAAGAAGGCCCUACUGGAGGAGCAGGCGGCCAAGUUGAAGAAGAUCGAGGAAGAGAUGGCCAGAGAGAAGGAGAGAAUCAAGAAGGAAGAGGAGGCGAAGUUGAAGGAGGUGGAAGAAGAAGAAGAAGACGAAACGCCACUAGUCCUAAUUGCGAUCCACGCGCUUAGAGACGAGGCCGCCAACUUUGCAAGGUCCCUAGUUCGCGCUGCCAAUUGUAGUGACGAUCCAGUUGCGUACUCCUCAUUCACGUCCCUCACCGAGUUCAUGAAAUUGCUGUGCGAGCGGUUUGCAGAUGUUGCUCGCAGUGUUAAAGCUUCAAACAAGCUCCAGACCAUCCACGCUCGUAAAUGGAAGAGUGCUAGGGCACUCAAGGGUACGAUGGAUGAAUUGGUGGCCGUCCGUGACCAUGGGGUCACAGAGGCCCAAUUGGUCAAUCUCUUCUAUCGGGCUAUGCCCGAGGCCUUUCGAGGGCAGUUCUUCGCGAAGAGCGAAGACCCUGCCACCACCUACGAUUCCCUUAGCCGUGAGGUGGUGGCUUUUGAAUCUAAGUCCGUGUCCCUGUCUACCUUCUGGCACAAAGAUCUGGAUAAGGGAAAGCAAUGGAAGGGCCGCACUAUUUCUGGGCAAGUGAAGACUAAGGAUAGCCUUGUCCUGACCUUAGAUGAGGGUAGUGUGGACGAGAUCCCCUACGAUCAGAUUGAGUGGGGGUUAGAGGAGGAGGACAGUGGUGUGGGCCAGGGGAGGACUUACGCUGCUGUCGCGGCUGGAGGGAGGCCGCAAGGAGGACGAGGCCAGGGCCAAGGGGGCCGGGCCUCAGGGAGCCGGUUCCAGGGCGAUCAGGGGGUUGGCGGCAGAGGAGGAAACCGCCAAGCGGGAGGCAGGGGUCAAGGUCCCUCGCAAAACCGUCCUAGGAACAGGUCACCCUAUAGGGCGUACUUCCGCCUAGAGAAAUAUGGGAAAGUGGAGAAGGUUCUCCACUCCCUGACUCUCCUCGUAGAAGACAGCCUCCCCUUUGAUAUUGUUCUGGGAAUGGAUUGGGGAGAGGUAGCUGGGGCCACGCUCCAUUUGAAGGAGCACGAGUGUAGGCUCCCUAGUUCUUCGGGCGAGGCUAAGACUGCCCGCCUGUUCCACGUGUCAGGAGUAGAAAAUCCAUUGGCACAUUGCUGCCUUAGUGCGCCUGCAUUCGCCAGAUUAGUGAAGAAGGAGAAAUUGGAGGAACAGGUUUUUGUUGCCUAUGUUAGGCCAGUGACUGAGCCCAAGGAAGAGAAGCCCCUAGACCCUGCUAUUGCCAAAUUGCUGGAAGAGUUUAAGGAACUAGCUGAGCCGCCAACAGGAACAGUGUCGCGGCCCAUCCAGCACCGUAUUGAGAUAGAGUCGGGCAGUAGAACUCCUAAGGGUGCCGUGUAUAGGAUGUCCCCCCGGGAGUUAGAGGAGCUUCGCAAACAGCUAGAUGAGCUCCUCGAGAAGGGUUGGAUUAGGCCAAGUUCGUCUCCUUUUGGAGCGCCUGUUCUCUUUGUCCCUAAGAAAGAAGGAGAGCUAAGGAUGUGUAUAGACUAUAGGGGUCUGAAUGCGAUUACAGUGAAGAAUGUUGAGCCACUGCCUUGGAUAGACGAUCUCUUAGAUCGAGUGCAGGGGGCGAAGUAUUUCUCCAAGAUAGAUUUGAAGUCCGGAUAUCAUCAGAUAGAAGUGCAUCCUGAUGAUCAGUACAAGACAGCCUUCCGAACUAGAUAUGGGCACUACGAGUUCAUAGUGAUGCCCUUUGGACUGACCAAUGCGCCAGCAACGUUCCAGCGCUGUAUGAACGAUUUGUUUAGGCCAUGGUUAGAUAGAUUUGUUGUAGUUUACUUGGAUGACUUUCUAGUGUUUAGUAAGACCCUCGAAGAGCAUCAGGGUCAUCUCAGGCAGGUCUUGGAGAAGCUGAGGGAAGCUAACUUCAAGAUCAAUGCAAAGAAGUGCGAUUGGGCGAAAACCCAAGUUUUGUACUUAGGCCACGUCUUAGACGGAGACGGCGUUAAGCCAGAGGAUAGCAAGAUCGCAGCGAUUAGAGAUUGGCCCACGCCACGUACGCUGACAGAGUUGCGCUCGUUCCUGGGCCUAGCCAAUUACUACCGGAAGUUCGUGAGGAACUUCUCCACCAUCGCUGUUCCCCUUCGCGGAUUGUUGAGAAAGGAGACUAUCUGGAAGUGGGAUAAGGACUGCACGUCUGCCAUGAAGAAGUUAAAGCAGGCAUUGAUAGAAUAUCCAGUCCUUAAAGUCGCCGACCCGUCCUUGCCCUUUGUCGUUACGACCGAUGCGAGUCAGUAUGACAUAGGCGCAGUGUUACAGCAAGACGAUGGCAAUGGGUAUAGACCCAUAGAGUUCAUGUCCGCCAGAAUGCCUUCAGAGAAGGUCGCGACAUCUACCUACGAGAGGGGACUCUACGCUCUCAGGCAAGCCUUAGACCACUGGAAGCACUACUUGCUUGGGAGGCACUUYAGAGUCUAUUCUGACCAUGAAACGUUACGAUGGUUAAAGACACAGGCCAAGAUGACACCUAAGCUUACUAGGUGGGCCGCAGAGAUAGAUCAGUACGACUUUGAGCUCAAGCCUGUCAAAGGGAAGUACAACGUAGUCGCGGAUGCUCUGAGUAGGAGAGCACAUUACUUUGGGGCAAUAGUGCACUACCUCGAUAUAUGGAAGGACCUGCAACAAAAGGUUAGAGAGGCCUACGCGCAGGACCCUAUCUAUAGUGACCUCCUUAAGAGAGUCAGAGAGGUCCCAAAGACUGAGCCAAACUACUGCACUACUGAAGGGUUGUUUUUUUAGAAGACUAAUGUCUUUGACCGCCUAUGCAUUCCCAGC